AUGUUGAAUAAAAAAUAUGCAACGAAACCCAAGAAAGUGGAGGUGGAGGAGAGAGGACACUGGGGCAGUAAGGUGGAGUUUCUCCUGGCUGUAGCAGGAAAUGUUGUCGGCCUGGGCAACGUGUGGAGGUUUCCUUACCUCUGCUACAAAAAUGGAGGGGGUGCAUUCCUGGUGCCAUACCUGGUAUUUGUGGUGAGCUGUGGCAUUCCCUUGUUCCUGCUGGAGACGACUAUGGGCCAGUACACCCAGGAGGGGGGCAUCACCUGCUGGAGGAAGUUAUGCCCCCUGGCAGAAGGUAUCGGCUUUGCAGGGCAGCUGAUCCUCCUCUACAGCAGUAUGACCUACAGCCUUAUUCUGGCCUGGGCUUUGCUCUACCUGGUGUUCUCCUUCAGCUCACAGCUCCCCUGGGCCAGCUGCAACAACUACUGGAACACAGAUGACUGUGUCGACUUUUCAUCGCGAAACACAACCCAUGAAUGGACCAACCAGACGAACACAACCUCUGCGGCUACACAGUUCUGGGAGCGACGAGUGCUGGCUAUCUCAGGGGGGAUUGAGGAGCUGGGCAGCAUCAGGUGGGAGGUGAUGUUGUGCGUAAUUUCAGUUUGGAUCAUCUGCUACUUUUGUAUCUGGAAAGGGGUCAGAUCUACAGGAAAGGUGGUGUAUUUCACUGCUACCUUCCCCUAUGUGAUGUUGAUCAUUCUUUUGAUCCGUGGACUCACCCUUCCUGGGGCUCUAGAAGGAGUAAUGUUUUACCUUCUGCCUGAACCCUCAAGACUCACAGACCCUCAGGUUUGGAUGGAGGCUGGAGCUCAGAUCUUCUUCUCAUAUAGUGUGGGUGUAGGCUCCUUAACUGUGCUCGGCAGCUACAACACCUACAACAACAACUGCUACAAGGACUGUCUGUGGCUGUGUUUGCUGAACAGUGCUACCAGUGUGGUAGCUGGGUUUGCAGUCUUCUCUGUGCUGGGAUUCAUGGCUAACGAGCAGGGUGUUCCUAUUGCAGAAGUUGCUGAGUCAGGUCCAGGAUUGGCGUUCAUUGCGUACCCUCAGGCUGUAGCCCUGAUGCCUCUUCCCCAACUGUGGUCCAUCUGUUUCUUUGUCAUGCUCCUUCUCUUGGGUCUGGACACACAAUUUGUUGCUAUGGAGGUGGUGAUGACUUCCUUCAUAGAUAUGUUUCCCACAGUCAUGCGCAGGGCAGGUCGGCGGGAAUCUUUCCUCCUCCUCUUCUGUCUCACAUGUUUCGUCUGUCAGCUUGUCAUGAUCACUGAGGGAGGAAUGUAUGUGUUCCAGAUGUUUGACUACUACGCUUGUAACGGAGCCUGCAUCCUCUUUCUCUGUGUGUUUGAAACCCUGGCGCUGGGAUGGGUAUUUGGUGCAGAGCGGUUGUAUGGCAUCAUCAAGGACAUGACAGGUGUGAAGGCCAGCCCCUUCUUCAAAAUCUGCUGGCUUUACCUCACACCGCUGGUCUCACUGGGCACUUUUAUAUGUUCUUUAGUUGAGUACCAGCCUCUGACCUUUAAUCGAUGGUACGUGUACCCAUCCUGGGCGUACGUGGUGGGCUGGGUUCUGGCCCUCUCCUCCAUCUUGCUUGUCCCAGGUUGGGUGCUGUAUAAACUGGGAACUGGGACUGGGAGCCUCAGUCAGCGUUUCUAUCAACUGUGCCAGCCUGACCUUGACUACUCACUGACCCCAAAGAAGAUAGAAACUGAGCUGCAGCACAUCAGAGAAGAACAUCUACUGUAAAUAACUUACUAUAAUUAAUGUGAUCCAACAAAUAAAUAAUUGACU